AUGUCUCUCGGCAAGACCUUCACUCUCAACACCGGUGCUAAGAUCCCCACUCUGGGAUUCGGCACCUGGCAGUCGGCCCCCGGUGAGGUCGGCGAGGCCGUCUACCACGCCCUGAAGGCUGGUUACCGUCAUCUGGAUCUGGCUACUAUCUACCAGAACCAGCGUGAGGUUGCCGACGGCAUCAAGCGUGCCUACAAGGACGUCCCCGGCCUCAAGCGUGAGGACAUCUUCAUCACCUCCAAGCUGUGGAACAGCCAGCACCACCCCGACGAUGUCGAGAAGGCUCUUGAUGAGUGUCUUGCUGAGCUUGAGCUCGAGUACCUUGACCUCUACCUCGUCCACUGGCCCGUCACCUUCAAGCGCGGCGACAACUACUUCCCCCUGGUUGCCAACAGCUCCGUCGAGGGCGGUGACGUCGACAUCGAGGACAGCAUUUCUAUCGUCGACACUUGGAAGGCCAUGACCAAGCUCCCCAAGUCCAAGGCCCGCGCCGUCGGUGUUUCUAACCACAAGAAGGAGCACAUCGAGGCCCUCAUCCAGGCCACCGGUGUCGUCCCCUCCGCCAACCAGAUCGAGCGUCACCCCGUCCUCCAGAGCAACGACCUGAUCGAGUACUGCGCGCAGAAGGGCAUCCACGUCACUGCCUACUCCGCCUUCGGCAACAACGGCUUCGGCGUCCCGCUCCUCAUCAACCGCCCCGAGAUCAAGGAAGUCGCCGAGUCCGUCGCCAAGCGUGUCGGCCACCCCGUCAGCGGCGCCCACGUCAUCCUCGCCUGGUCCCAGGUCGGUGGCGUUAGUGUCAUCCCCAAGUCCGUCACGCCUUCGCGUAUCGCCGAUAACUUCAAGGAGAUCGAGCUCACUCCCGAGGAGGUCGCUAAGGUCUCUGAGCUGGGCAAGGAGCGUCGUCGCUACAACACUCCUUACAUCGCUAACGUGCCCCGCUGGGAUAUCGAUAUCUUCGGCGAGGAGGACGAGAAGCCUGCUUCUCACAAGGUUGUUGUUUAA